CAGAAUAAUUAAAAAUGUCAAAAUAAAUUAAAUGUUAAUUUUCUUUAGUUUUAGCAAUACAUUGAGAUUAUUUCUGCAAUAUCUAUUUAAUUUUUCUGCUAUUAGAGCCAUACAUCAAAUAAAGCUGUGCACUUUUUAAGAUCGCACGAACAAACAGCACGUUUUUUGAAUUAAGCGCGCGUACACAGAUUGUACCGGAUUGCCGAAUGAAGGUUUUGAAGACCCAUCAUGUAUGGAAAAAUUGUGGUGAUUAAAAGAAAUGGAGCAGAUGGAGCCCAUUUUCCCCUCAUCAACACUUCAUGCUGGUUUGGAAGGAGCAAUGAAUGUGAUAUCCGGAUCCAGUUACCAAGUGUGUCAAGAGAACAUUGUAAACUUGAUGUGAAUUCAGAAGGCCAGGUGUUUGUCUCCAAUGUCAGCAAUAUAACCCCAACUCAGAUCAACAAGAAAGAGUUGACAGACCCUCAGUUGUUAGAACAUGGGGAUCUUAUCACCAUUGUUGACAGAUCUUUUCGAUUUGAGUUUCCCCCAGACUCAAAAUAUCAUCCUAAUAAUGAGAAGCUGCCAUGUUCUUCCAAGGAAUUAGAUCUACAAAAGAGUAUUUCGCAAAAAGUUUUAUCUCCAGAAUCACAGCCAGCAGCUUUGGCAGAUUCCAAGCAGUCUCCAGUAACACCAUUAUCUCUACGAUCACAAAAUGUUAUGACAACAAACCUGGCUGUUGUUUCUCCAAAGAAAACACCUACAAGUGGAAGAGCACAGAACAGCAGCACAGGAAAGCCAGAAACAAAAUCUAAUCCCUUGGAUGAUCUGUUAGACGGCUUGUCCCCAACCUCCUUCUAUAAAACAACCCCUCCAAGAGCGCUAAAGGGAGCAAGAACAGUCAGUAAAGACCAGACUACACCUGGUAAUCAAGAGGAAACAUUUUUAUCUUCUAGAAGCUGCAAAAGUCCUCUAAGAAAGAGUUCUGAGCUGCCUGCAAGGAGCCCACAUCUUUCUCCAAAAGGUUCAAGAAAAAUUACCUCCAAUCGCCGUCGCAAGUCUCAGCCAUCCUUUGAAGAAAAUGUUUCUCCUCCAAAGAAGAAAAGAGUGUCUUUUGGACCAAAUCUCAGCCCAGAGCAAUUUGACAAAACCCUUCCGCCUAAAACCCCAGUUAAGAAAGGUGCCAUGCCUCGCAAAUCGUUUCCUUUAGUGAUGAAUACACCUCAUUCUGUGCUGAAGAGAAGGUCAGUGGCUGUCACUAUUUUAGAAGAAUCAAGUGCUAGAAUUUCGCCCAGCCAAGGUACAGAUUCUGAUGGAUUGUCUCUGACCAAGUCCAAAUCACCUGCUCAUGGCAGAAGCAACAGCCCCGGAUCCCUCAAGAAAACAACUGUUUCUGGGGCAUCUACCAGUCCAUUUUAUCCUAAAGGAAGCCCAGCUAUUGUUAAGAAAACAAUUACAAGUCAAGAAUUACCAGACUACAAUAGCAGCAAUUCUUGUUUACCUGCAAGAGGACAUGAUCUGCUACAGCAAACUGUUGAAAAAACAACAACUCGAAGACAAAGUAGAUCUUCUCAUCGACACUACUUCACAGCAACAUCACCUGAUAGUGUAGAAAAUGCAGCUUCUAAUGGUGAAGAAGCCCUUGUUUCUCUUUUUCAAGAUCAAAGGACGCCAAGGACAGCUACUAAAAAUAAUUCUUCAGCACUUGCCAGAUCAUCAUUGCAGAAUCCAUUGGAAGAACAAGCUCAGGCUGGCAUUACCAGAAACAUUCCAGAUGCCUUACUAAAUUAUGCUGUUCAAAACAUCACCCAAGAUCACACUCCUAAAAACAAGAUAAUGCAGAGUCCUGUUGCAGAACAUACUCCUUUGUUGCAGCAGACAUCACUUGAGCUCAGUGAGCAAAAUUGUCAUCAGAUGUCACACAUACAUAAAACAUCAAAGAAAAGGUCUUCUGCAGGUGCCCUUCAGAAUAUACAUUUUACUACCCAAAAAACGGAAAAGACUCCAGUGUUAACAAAAAGCUGUGGUCACUCUAUCUGAUAGAGUUUGAGUUGCCAGGUGCCGAAGGUACUUCUUUCUUCCACAAGUCCAGCAGCUGCUAGAACCCCUGCAGAAAAAACAUCAGUUCAGUCUCUUGUACUGACAUCUGUUCCUAGCACGGUCAUUUCAGAAACUGCAAGUAGACUUGAGCAAUCAUCGCCUUGUGAAUUCUCACUUAGGCAACCUAGAGCUCAGAGUAAGUCUCCAACUAGGACACCGGUAUCUGCUGAUCCUGUAAUUUCUCAUAAAUCACCAAGAACAUCACAGAGAGAAUCUUUCAUCACAAGCAAAGCAGUCUUAACUUUGAAAAAUACUGCUGCCUUAGAAGAAAGCAGGUCUUCAAGGAGGAGUCAAGCAUCAAACAGCACAGUCACCAAAUCUGUCACACCAAGCCCUACAGGAAUAAUGAAAACAUCCAAAAGACCAUUGGCUGCAUGUGUGAGCCCAACUGGAAUAGUUAAACUCAUGAAAACACCAAAAGUGCCCAAAUCUAUGACACCAAGCCCCACAGGUAUCAAAAGAAUAAUGAAAACACCCAAAAGACCAUUGGCUGCAUGUGUGAGCCCAACUGGAGUUGCUAGACUCAUGAAAACACCAAAAGUGGCCAAAUGUGCCACACACAGCCCUUCAGGAAUCAAAAGGUUAUUACGAACACCUUUAGCUUCAAAACCUGUGGCUAUCACUUCCCCCAAUCUAACAGGUCUCAAAAGAUUAAUGAAGACACCCAGACAAACAGCAGCUACUGCUGCAAGCCCAGUUGGAGUUGCCAGACUCACGAAGACCCCAGAAGAUGUACCUACUGUAUCUAUCACACCUAGUCCUUCAGGAAUUAAAGAAUUACUUCAAACCCCUAAAGGUGCAGAUUCUGGUGCCAUCACUACCCCAAGCCCAAAUGGUAUUAAAAGAGCACUAAAAACUCCCAAACCUACCAGACUGUCGUCAGGUCCCACACCAAGCCCAGUUGGGCUCAUAGAACUGAUGGAAACUCCAAGAGCAGCUCGAUCUGCCAUCGCUGCUACUCCAGCUGGGUCGACCAGACUUAGGACUCCUAGCUCCUCGACGUUGGUUUUACCAGACACUCCUCAUAUCCUUUCUUCUGCCGUGAUCUCUUCCAAUAAGGUCAAGACACCUGGCUCUGCUGCAGAGAAAGUUCGCAAGAGCCUUCGCUCCAGCAGAUCAAACAAACUAAUGAAAACACCAAACUCAGUAAAUAAAGGGCUAGCAGAUAUUUCUGGAGUAGCUGAAUUGUUUAAAACACCAAGGACAUCAGACUCUCUCUCCUCCGAUUGCACAAGUGCAAAGUCCAAGGACAAGACACUUGUAAACCAGGUGCAGGCAACCAAGAUGGUCAGCCCAGUGGGCAGGUUGAUGACUGCUUUUACUGAUCCAAAUAAGAUGGUGGCAUUGAAAACUAUCCAUCAGAAGAAAACAUGGUCUGAUGUAGUGAAGAAUGGGUUACCUGCAGAAAGCUCAUUCAAACCCAUGUCCAGCACAAUGCGAAAGAUGGUGACCAGAAGGAAGACAUCCAGCCAAGUGGCUUCUCAAAUGGUUAAGAGAACAGGAAAAUCUCCCAAAACACCCAGAACUUUAACAAGGCUUAUAGCUUCAUCCACAGGUCACGUUGACAGCCCAGAGACACUGGUUGUUGGCAAAAUGGUGUCCAAAGGAAGACCAACAAAAAGAAGAACAACUCUGGUACUACAUCAAGCCAAAACAACUCAGCCAGUGGUGAGUUCCAUGGAAAUGAAUGUCAGCUUCACGGGCGUAAAAGAGCUUUUCCAGACACCACCUGCCUAUAACACUGAAGAAGCACUUUAUGCUGACAUCCCUGACACCCCUGGUGGUCCAGGAGAAAUGAUAGUGUCCCCUUUGUCAAACAAGAAAGGUGGUGGACAGUCAUCUGCCAGAAAGGGUGGUCGCAGGAGUGCAGUUCUUGUGGGCAUUCGUCAUCUGUUCCACUCUACAAAAGUUUCGAAAGAGCCCAGGCUGUCAGGUGUUCGUAGGCUGGUUGCCACACCCAGGAACAAGCAAAAGGUCUCCCCAAGUUUGGCUGGCAUAACACGCUUACUGAGGACACCUAAAGUGAAAAUUCCUGCUGUUCUAAGUCCAUCAGGUAUUCAAUGUAUAUUUGCUACUCCCACAAAUUCCACAUCUUUGCCAGUAGCAAAAAGAAAGAAAUCCUAUGAGAACCAGUUAUUUGCUCAACCAUCUGUGGCAGAAAAAAUCACAGAAGCAAAGCACCAAAAGGUGGCUGAGACAUUAAUUGUUGAUGCUCAUGAACAAGGAUACUCCAUGUCUGUGCCUGGCUCAUCCGAAAUCAUAGGAAAAGUAAGUGUCACUCCUAAUUCAGCACAUCAUGAUUCACCCCUGGUAUCCACACCUAAGCAACAAGGACUUCAAAUUGCUGCAGAGGUAGAAAUUCCAGCUGACCCAAUUCUUAGUGCUAGUGUUCAAAAGACAGCAGCUGCAAUAACAGUAAUAACAUUGAAUGACAAGGAAGAUCCUAACUUCCUACCUUCAGCAUCUACAAAGGGCAGGUUAAGGUCCAGCCUUAGAACUACAACUAGAGUCACUUCAUCCAAUGCAGUUUCUAAUUUUGUCAAGGAAACAGACUCUGAGGUAUCAAGCCAUGUUCUAUGGAAAGUUUCUUCUGUCGAGAUGCCAUCAUUAAACUCCAAGAAAGACAAGUAUAAGUCAAGAUCUAAGACAGCAGCCAAUCAGAUUCAAACAAGUCCUAAAUCUCUUCCUGGUUUGUCAGAGGAAACAGUUAAAAAUGGUGACCUGCUUAUCCAUAAGGUUUCAUUGCCUGAUGUGUCCUCUUUUACUGAAGGAAGUCAAGAAAAAGUAGCUUCCACUCCAGUGCGUGGCACUAGACGUAGAGUCACACUAAUCACCCCAGCAAAGAUAAACUUCAUUACUCCAGCACCUUUAAAACGUAGAGGACGCAGUAAAGCAAUUUUGAUGUCAGCCUUUAAAGAGCCAUCUGCAAUUCCACAGCUAGAUACAGAGAGCUCCUUUGCUUUAAAGCCAGCAGGAAGGAAAACUGUAAAAGAUUUGCCUGGCAAAAUGUUGGACAUCACAGAAUCUGCCCAAAAAGCUAUAGAUACAUCAUUUGCAGAUUCAUCUGUACCUAAGUCUGCCUCAAGGAUAAAAAAUGGAGGCAUAACUCAACCACAACCAGACACCACUGUAGCAAUAUCUGCAGCACCGAGUCCUAUUAAACUCAAAGGAAGACAGGGGGAAAGACUUCAUGUAAACAUUGCUAAAUCAAGUGGUAAAAAGAAGAAUGCUGCUUCAAAGCACUCUGGUAGCCUAACUGAACUAGAAGUGUCUGUGCCUACCAAAAAUCAGCAAGGAGCAAGCACUGAGGUGCUCUCAAAUACUACAGGGGCAAGCCCUGUCAAUACAAAAAGAGAUUUGAGAUCUAAGACUGCUGAAUCUAUCUGUACAACCAAGUCAUUGGUGAAGAAAGGCAAGUCAAGGCAGGCCCUAGUGGCUGCUCAGAUUGGUUGGACAGCUGUGUUGCAAUCUGAAGGAUUUACACCGUCUGAAAUAGUUUGUGCUGUUGAAACCAGCCCUGUGCCAGUAUCUAAGAAAACCAGACUUGCUAAAAAGGCCCUAGUCAAAAGUUCCACAGCUUCCCUAGAAGUAGCUGAAGUACCUGCUUUACAGUCUGAAGCAAGUCAGGCUUCUGAAAUCUUUCCUACACAAGCAAGUAAGGGCAGCAGAAGAGGAAGAAGAGGCCAGGCAAAUUCUUCACUGGCUGCUUUAGUUGCCAGUGAGAUGGAUAAAACAACUGUUUUACAGUCACAAAACAUCAAGGCUGCAUUAGCACCAAAGAGAGGUAGAGCUAAAAAGCAAGCAGAUACUUCAGUCAUGUCUACAUGUACCACUGAAGAAGCUGAGGUAUCACCUUUGCAAAUUGAAGGACUUUUACAAGCACAUAAUAAACAGCUGUCUACACCAGCAGUAAAGAGACGGAGGACUAAAAAAGGCCAGGACAAGGCAACUGGUUCAGCAGGAACAGCAAACAUAUGUAAAAUGCAGAAGGCAGGAUUACUAUCAGAAACUACACCUACUUUAGAACCCAGUCCUGCAGCCCCAGUGAAGAGAAAGACAAGAACUAAAGUAAACACUUUAUUUCAGGCUUCUAGUCAAAAAGGCAUAAAAAGUAGACUGAGAAGUAAAUUGAACCAGCCUGAAACACCAGCUCCAUUACCUCCAUACACAUCAGGAAGAAACAGAUCAGCCAGUACCACAGACUUGGAGCCUCCAACUAAACAGGUUGCUAUAGCCAAGUCUAAGACACCACGUGUUGAGGGAAAUAGAGCUCUCAGGCUUCAAAGAAAUCAGAUGGGAAAGAGCAAAGAACCCAGUCCUAUCAAGUCUGUAGCCAGAAAAAGCAAGCAAGAAGUUUCAACAGAAUCUCGUUCUCCUGUGCAGAGAGGCAAACGAAAGACAGCCCCUGUUUUGAAGUUAUCCUCCCCAAAGAGGAAAAGAGAAAGUACCACAGACUUGGAGCCUCCAUCUAAACGGGUUGCUAUAGCGAAGUCUGAGACACCAUGUGUUGAAGGGAAUAGAGCUCUCAGGCUCCAAAGAAACCAGAUGGGAAAGAGCAAAAAACCCAGUCCUGUCAAAUCUGUAGCCAGAAAAAGCAAGCAAGAAGUUUCGACAGAAUCUCAUUCUCCUGUGCAGAGAGGCAAACGAAAGACAGCCCCUGUUUUGAACUUAUCCUCCCCAAAGAGGAAAAGAGAAAGCAACGCCAAGACUGCUGACAAAAGCAACAGAGAGGCAGUGACUCUGGUUGCUAUUAGACACACACGCCGCAGUAAGGCUAGCAGAGUUGUAGUCCCAUCAGCCACUGUCCCAAAGAAAAGAGGAAAGAAGUGAAUGCAUGUCUUCACAGCAUCUCAGAAGAUGCACAUGCAGGUUAAAUAAACAUUUCACUUGGUCUGUAUUGCUUUGUAAAGGCAGCAUAGUCAAUUUUUAUUGUUUGUUCUUGCAAAUGUUAAUGUUGGGGUGUUUCAGAUAUUCUUGGGAGUGUGGGACAUAAGCAGGAUGCUUCAUCCAUGAUAAUUUAGAAUUUAUUAGUGCUGUUAUCAUCUUCAAAUAAACUAUAGGAGGGUGACUCAAAAUAAUUACAGCAUUUUGGAUUUCAUAUCUCUCCAUAGGAUAAUCUAAUAUUGAAACAAUGCUUUUUGUGCAUAUAGCUGAUAAGUGUUUGAUUGCAUUUCAUUCCUGACUUUACGCUUGUAUCAUAUUCAGCAAAUACUUACACUGCUUCUUUCGUCGCAUUCAGGUGAUCCUCUUUAGCAUUUGUAAAGCACAGCACACUCUGCUAGGAACAGUGGCCAUAGGCUGGAAGUUGCAUCCUUUAAAUUGCUUUCCCUUUCAUCUUUGUUAACACUUGUCUCCCUUUAAUACUGUCGCUUUUACUAGUGCUUGUAUUGGAUCUUGUCGUUGUAAACAGUAUUCAUCUUUAACAGUAGGCUUUAGCUAUGAUAAGCUGUUCAAAAGGAACUCCCAUGCAGCAGACUGUACAUAUCGGUGGUCAAGAUUGUUUAAUUUGUGCUGUUUAUGUUAAGAUGUGCUUGAGAUUUGUAAGUUUUCUGCAGAUGAAUGUCGUAUGUAUUGGCUGCAGCAUUUUACUCUAAAACUUUGUGUAUAUAAUUUCUUGUAAAAUAAUGUAGAUAUAUAUAUGUGUGUUUUAUAGUGUUGGUAACAUUUAAGUUCUUUUCACUCUAGAAUAAAGCUGCAACUGCACUCCGACUGAAAUAAAGUACUAUGAAUUUAAAGGAAUUUAACAAUAUGUAUAAGGUUGUAGAAGAGAGAUUAUAAAUGAUUCAAAAGGUGAAGGUUACCGUCAAAAGGUUGCACAACUAACCCAUCAGUCCAAACUGUACUGUGCGAGUUAAGUGUGUUCUGAUAUAGGCAAUAGACUGACUGCAUUAAGCAUAUUACAUUAAAGUCUUUAAAGCAGUCAUAAAGCCUUUGACACAUUUUGCUUUAAGGCCCUGACAACUAAAAUUGUUGUACAAUUUGAUUUAUAUUUUGUUAUUCAGUUAUGCUGCACUUUUCACCAAAACAGAUUUGUUUUAAAACAAAAGUGGUUGCAUUGAACUUUUACUUUAAUCUUAUAUGACAGUGUAAAUGAAGGUCAGUUUCUUUUACAAUAUACUUGGGCUUUUUUUUUUUUAAGAAAUAUUUUAUUUUUAUGCCAAAAACAGGACAAAAUUAUUAUAUGCAAUUUUCUAAAAAGUUUUGAAUUUAUAAUCCCCUUUUGUUUGAAUGCUUUUUAUACAAAGUAUUGAAAUUGGCUUUGUUAUUAUGGUUUUAAUGCUGUACUGAUGUUCUUCCUAGAUUCAAAAGUUUUCUACAGGAAUAUUGAAACUAAGAAAUAAACAACUUAUCCAAAA